AUGGAGGAGGUGGUUUCAGUGAGUGCCGGCUUUGGAUUUCCUAAAGCAGCUGAGAAUUCAGUCGAUGGUGAGCCUUUCAAGGCGAUGGUUCUCGUUCUAUGUCAACUUUCAAGUUUUCAUAAUAUUUAUAUAUCGUCGCGCUGUCAACUGCACUACGUACAUUUUAUUCAUUCAUCAGGAUUUUCUUAACCUUAUUUACAAGAAAAUUGCGAUCAAGAAGAAGAUUUAUUUUUUAUUCAACCAAUAUGGAUCGAAGCUCAAGGAUUAUGUUGAGAAAAAUUAUUCUCGAUUUUUUAUGUCUUAUUAUUGUUGGACUAUUCGCCUUGGUGUUUUACCUUUUUGGCAAACCAUAUAAAAGGGGAUUUUUCUGCAAUGAUGAAUCAUUGAACCACCCAUUCCAAGAUUCUACAGUCACGAGUCCAAUGCUGUAUGUUAUUGGCGUUUUACUUCCCGUUUCCACGAUGAUGACGGCUGAAUAUCUUCAUGCGAGAAAUACUGGUCAGCAGUCUAAGGUAUUGCUAGGAUUUAAUAUUCCUGCAUGGGUGUGGACUUCCUACUGUAAGAUUGGAUUAUUUGGUUUUGGAGCAUUUGCUACGAUAUUAACAACGGAUGUUGGAAAAUAUACGAUUGGACGUCUAAGACCUCAUUUCAUGAAAGUUUGCAUGCCCAGCAUCAAUUGUUCUCUUCCGGAAAAUCAACACAGAUAUAUUGAAGAUUUCGUUUGUACUGCAAGAGAUCUAUCGCCAAAAAUGAGCAAAGAAUUGCGAUUAUCUUUUCCAUCGGGCCAUUCAUCCUUCUCAUUCUAUGCUAUGGUUUAUCUUGUGUUGUACCUAGAAUUGAGAUUCACAUGGAAGGGUAGUAAAUUAUUGAAGAAUGUUCUUCAAUUUAUCUGUUUAUUAGCGGCCUGGUUCACUGCAUUAACCAGAGUUUCUAACUACAAACAUCAUUGGAGUGAUGUUCUUGCUGGUUCUGUUCUUGGAACUGUAAUUGCAGUGAUAGUAGCAUUCAAUGUAGCAGAUCUCUUCAAGGAAAGGAGAACUAGUACUGAGAAGCUUCACCCGGCCGAAUACGAAGUGGAAGAUGGGACACAGAAUGAAGUAAAUCCUUUACCACUAACGGAAUCUGCCCACUAUGGAGGAAUUAAUAAUGGAUAUAGCAGAUGUCUAAGCUGACAAAUUUUAAUUAAUUAAAAUCUUAAUUUUAAUCUUCGAAUCUUGUACAUAUUUUCCAUUAAAAUAAUAGGAAUAAAGUUAUAAUCAUUUAAUGUAA